UACGCGGCCAUUAAGCGGCUGCUCGGGGACACGGGAAUAAAACACUACUAGAGCUGGGUAAGGGGACCAAGGUGCUAACGACUAACUCGACUAACUGGAUCUCCUUCCCUCGUCCCCUGGGGGGCCGGGAUGCACGGGAUCUGGAGUCCCACCCGGGGCGGGGCGCUCCCGAGGCUCCUCCCUCUGAGCCUGGGUUGCUUGCUCCGCUGCUGCUUCUCAGCGCAUCCGGCGAUGUAUCUCCGCAGGGCUGUGUCCAAGACUCUGGCGCUGCCCCGGAGGGCGCCCCCCGGUCCAGCGCCGCUAGGGAAGGACGCAUCUCUUCGCCGAAUGUCAUCCAGCAAAUUCCCUGGGACAUCUGGCUCCAAUAUGAUCUAUUACCUGGUUGUAGGUGUGACAGUCAGUGCUGGUGGAUAUUACACUUACAAGGCUUUCACAUCAAAGCAAGUCAGACAUACAGAACAUGCAACCAAACCGAAAGAACAAACAAAGGCAGAGUUACAACCAGUUCCAGGCGAUAAGGAGCAUGUGGCAGAAGCGGAGGAAGCAUGUUCAGAGACUGGAGACAUUUCGGUAAAGGAAGCUGAAUCGGUAGAUGCUGAGGAAGUCCCAGAGGCUGCAGCUGUGCCUCCAGAAGAGUCUCAGGCCUCUGAGGUCCCUGCCGAAGUUGCUCUGGUGGAGACAUCCGAAGUUACUCUGGUGGAGACAUCCGAAGUUGCUCUGGUGGAGACAUCCGAAGUUGCUCUGGUGGAGACAUCCGAAUCCUCAGAGCCUGAGCUGAAGAUCACCGAAGUUUCCCCGGUGGAGACCACCGAGGGUGUCCCUGAAUCCACUCCGGAGGUGGAGAGUGCAGCGCCAGACCAGGCUGAUGUUUGCAACGAAGGGGCUGAUACCAGCAAGGAGGAGGCUGAUGCCAGCAAGGAGGCUGAAGGUACCACUACUGAGGACCCGAUCUCCAAGGAGAGCGCAGAACUAGAAGAAAGCUCUCCCUUAGGCUCAGAACCCUCUGCUCAGCCUGAGUCACAAGAAGAAACAGAGGUCACAACGGAAGCAGCAUCACCCCAAGGCUGAUCUGCAAAAUUCUGUAGUUGCUUUUGUAUUUUUAGUAACCUUAGCUCUUCUUUCUAGAAUAUUUUAAUAUACCUUAAAGAAUUUGUCUUUACUAAUAGCUAUCUGAUUGGGGAUUGGUAUUUUACAUGUCUUAAUAGUUGUCUACCCUCUAAAAUCUGGCUGUGUUAAGACCUUAAAUAGUGUUAAGUUUGGAUUUAAAUUUUACGUUUUAGAAAUUGUUGUCAGCAACCUGUGUCACUUUGAUUUUGCUUUGCCUUUCUCUUACUUUAUUAUAUGUUAGACUAGAUUAUUGGGUUUGAUGUGAACUCAUUUAAAUAAAAUUAGAAAAUCCUAAA